AUGGGGUGUCCAAACCAUGAACUGAUGAACAGUCACACACUAAGUGAAUCAGCUCUUCUAUUUUACUGGAAUCUGGAUGUACUUACUGAGUCAACAGAUCCAGACACUUUAGUGGAAAGUGGGGUUUGUGGGAAUCUUUCCGGGUCUAAAUUGAAAAUAUAUAGAUUUCAAUGUUUUGAAAAACUCACGAAAAUCGGCAGAGAGGCUCUUCAAAGAUACUUUGACAAAGUGUUUCCUCCGGCAGAGCUAUUUAUGCUAGUUCAGAAGAAGAAAGAGAACUUAAGUAGACAGCUCAAUAAAGACCAGUUUGAUCUACUGUUUCCAGUAGAUAAAUCGAUUCCAACCUCUUCUGCAUUUGAUGUGACAAUUAUGUACAAACUGUUGAGGAACUAUGGACCAAACCUUCCUACCCCGACCAAAGGCUGGGGAAAGCAACCAGAACCAGGACAAAAAUCCGAAACUGAUGACGUGGAGAGAAUUCGAGUUUAUAGGAAUGAGGUUGAACAUAAAACUCCAGCAAUCAGUGUCAUGGAGAAAGAGGACUGUCGUGUGAAGUGGAGAGACUUGUGUCAGGCAUUACUACGACUUAGCGAAGGAAGCCUGGAACAGGAUAUAAUGGACCUGAAGCACCAACCUGAGAAUGUGAUAACGUCAUGUCGCGUUUAAACCAGAGUUUUCACAUCAUUGCCGGAAGUAUUCUCCCAUAAUAAUUUUUCUUCUUUAUAAUUACCCUAGUGAAGAAUUUUGUGUUUUGUUUUCCGUGAAAACUGUUAAUUUUACAGAUUGAUACAAUUGCAUGUUACGCAUGAUGGACAUGUAUAGGCAUAACAAAUUUGUCUGUCUAUCUGUCUUUAGUGGUCACACCUUCCAAUUACAAAAAAUAGACCUCUUUUUUUUUUAUUGUAUCCUCUCAUAGGAGAAGAAUAUGUUUAUUGAAAAACUCUAACCUGGUAGAGACCGUAAGCUGUGUUCUUAUAUAAAAGCAUCCUUCUUUAUGGGAAAAAAUUGUAACCAUCAAUGAAAUAGAAUCAAUCUACGUACAAGUACAUACUUCAACACACACGACAUCUAUGUUUUUUUGCAGUGUGAUAUCAUUUAUUGGCGGAAUACAAGUUUUUGUAAUUACUCUGCACUUUCGGGUAAGCAGUUCAAUUUUUCGUAUAAUAAACAAUAACUUAAAUAGCGUUCCUAAUCAAAAAUACGUUUACAGAGAGAAAAGCACUUUUCAUAUAAUCAUUUGAAAUAUUGAUCAAAGAGCAGCAUUGUGAAAGGACAGAUAGCAUGCAUGUGCAACAUUUAAGAAAUUAUAUGCUGAGCAAUAUUUUAUGUUAUUCUUUUUGACAAGAAAAAAAAAAGACUAAAUGCAAAAUGUACGUAAUUUAGAAAUGGUACCGAAGAUAUAAGACACCUUAUUUUUGAAUGUGAUGAUGUACGAGUACAAAGAGUAAGGGAAAAGUUGAAUAAUAUAAUAUGAAUUUUUUUUAUCAAUGAUGUACAACGGAAAUAUAUUGUUAUAGGAUUCUACUU